GACGCAGACGACGAUGGAGGAACUUCCACCCUUGUUCGGAUCAAUGAGACGAUCCGGAGGUAACCCAAACCCGCCACCCUCGGCUCUUACAGCAGGUAUAAUAUCACAACAAUCUGCUUCCUCUUCGUCUACAUCAUCUCCGAUGGGAACAGAACCGGUCUCUUCCGCUGAGACACAACAAAUGAUAAUUGCCCAUAAACUGAAUGGAAGCAAUUACUUACAAUGGUCUCAAAGCGUUCUCAUGUAUUUGAGAGGAAGAAGGAAGGAAGAAUACAUCACGGGAGAAGCCCCACAGCCAAAACCUGGUGACAGUAAUUAUAAUACAUGGUUUGCUGAGAACAACCUUGUAAUGACUUGGCUGUGUAACUCGAUGACCGUAGAGAUUAGUGAAGGCUACCUACUUGCUAAGACAGCAAAGGAGAUAUGGGACGCAGCAAGAAGAACCUAUUCUGCCAUAGACAACACUGCAGCACUAUUUCAUAUUAAGAGACUACAAAAAGAGCUAAAACAGGGUUCUAUGACUGUAACUCAGUAUUAUACUGCCCUUACACGCCUGUGGCAGCAGCUGGAUAUGUUUGAUAUCCAUGAAUGGAGUUGCAGUGAUGAUGCUCAAUUAUAUAGAAAAAUAGUUGAGAAAGAGAGGACCUAUGAAUUUCUGCUCGGCCUGAUAGAUGCAUUUGAAGACGUGAGAGGAAGAAUCAUGGGAUUAAAGCAGCUGCCAUCGUUAUUUGAAGCAUUCAACAUGGUAAAAUGUGAAGAGAGCAGGAAGCAACUCACUCAGAAUAUAUUUACACCAUCAGAAAACUCUGCCUUGACAGUACAAGGCAGUAAUGUACCUGAACCAAGAGGAAAGAAGAAUUCAAAAGGCUGGUGUGAUCAUUGCAACAAAAAUGGUCAUACCAGGGACAUAUGCUGGAAGCUGCAUGGCAAACCAGCUAAUCUAAAACAAAGAAGAAGACCUGAAAGCAGGAGCUAUUCUGCAGUAGUAGAUGAGGAGAAGAAUGGAGAAACCUUAAGCCGGGAAGAAUUACAAGUACUCAAACGGAUCCUUGAGAGACACAAUAACUCAUCUGUAACUCCAAAGGCGAAUCUGGUAAAGUCAGGAUUUGACAGCGAAGAGGAGGAUUGGCGUUGCUAAGGAAUGGGAUGGACUCUAUUAUCUUGAAGGCACAGAUAAAUAUGUGAG